AUGGCAUUUCAAUACGUUCUCACUUUCUCCCUUCUUGUGGCCGAAAUGGUCAUGUUCUCAUUGAUUUCAUUUCCACUACCAUCUAAGAUUCGUCGUCCGCUAUUAAAAGCAUUAUCCAUCCCGUUCCACUCACAGCAAUUUCAAGUGGUCACAAAAUGUGUCUUUGUAUUUAUAGGUAUUAUGUUUGCAGACUCGGUCAACAGAACCAUGAAGGUCACCAACGAGCUAUACAAUGGCACUCUCAACAGCAAUGACAUGCUAAACGGUGGAGUGAGUAGAGCAGAGAUCCAGUCUAGAAGAUUUUACUCUCAAAGAAACAUGUACCUUUGUGGAUUUACGUUGUUUCUCUCCUUGAUAUUGAACAGAACAUACACUAUGGUAUUUGACUUAUUGGAAGUGAAGGAAAAAGUCAAAAAAUUGGAAUCCGAGUCCGGUUCUCGUCCAGCUGCUUCGGAUGCAAAUAAUGAAAAGCUAAGAGCAAAGAUCACGGAAUUGGAAGCAGAAAAGAAAGCAUUGCUAAAGAAAUCAAAAGCUUUAAGUGAUGAGUACUGA